AUGGAUAUGUUUAACACGCUCCGAGAUACAUUCAGCAGUGUACAGGCGGAAUUGAGCACAGGAGUUGAAAAACUUCGAAUGAAUGUCACAGCUAAUAUGGCUCAACAAAAAGUUUCAAACGAAUCAGUCAAUGAAGUUUUAAAUACUUCUGCCGGUAACGAGUUGUUGCAAAAUUUCCAAAACCUAAUAACGGAAGUAGAAGAGAAUGGAGCAGAAGGUGGUCGAUUAGCAAAUCUGUGCAGUACUCGAAUGGGAAGAUGCCAACAAAUGUGCAAAGAGAAGGCUGAUGCAGUGAUGGAAAUUGACGAUUUCCUACGGAAUUCUGCAGAAUUUGACAAGAAAAUUCGAGAGAUUAAUAGCCAGAUAAUCAAGUUGACCCGUUUUUGCAAUCAGACUGAGCAAGCUAUGACUUAUCUGGAAGCCCUUUGUGAAGUUGCUCACACUGAAGGAGAAGUAGAUCUUAUUCGCCAACAAGCAAGAUCGGCUGCAACUAUUGUACAAAUCGAAUGUGAUUCCCCUAGUGUUCUGACUUCAGCAGCUCUUCGUACUCGACCAGAAGAUGCUGCUAAAGCUCAGCAAGAAGAAAUGAUGCUCGAGGAGUUUUUGUCGUCAAAGAAUAUGCAGCUUCCAUAA